AUGGGGUUUGACAACAGUCACCCUCCGGACCCUCCACGUCCGUAUUCAACGAAACAUGAUUCUCCCAACCCCUUCCCUGGCAACAACAAGCGGAAGCGCGAGCCUCCAACGAGAGGCACGCACAGUACGCAUCAGAGCCACAAUUCCUCUUUUCACAAUCAGCGUCAUCAUCACAAUGGCAAGCCAGACAAGGCGAAAGCCAAAGUCGCGCCCCAAGUUCCCAAUUUCGGCUUCGCGCUUUCUACCCCGCAAGCAGCGCAACCUUCUGCCGACUCAACUGACAAACCCAAGAAGAAGAAGCGAAGAAAGCACAACCAACUCGGCCUCACCCCAAAGGGCGAAGAGCACGAAGACAGCGAGGAUGAGAUAGACGAGGAGGCUGCCUUCGCCAGUGCUGGCGGAGCGCUUCAAUUCACCCACAAUGGACUGACCUCCACCCUCAACACACCCACCGAUCUUGCGGCAUGGAUCCAAGAGCGCAAGAACCGCUUCCCAACGAAAGCUCGCAUCGAAGAGAAGGAGAAAGAGAAAGAGCGCCGACUUGCUGAGGCACGCGCGGCGCGGCAGGAAGAGGCCGAGCGUCGAAAGAAGAGACACGAUGAAGAGAUUGAAUCUCAGAAGAAGGUUAAGAAGGAGAAAGAUGGUGGAGGUCAAGACGAUGAGCAAGAACGGAAACGAGAGAAGUAUCUUGCUAAGGCCGAAAAGCUGCGACGGAAGCUCGAGAAGAGCGAGAGGAAGGCGGCAGCAUUGGCGGCAGGAUCAUCGACCGCUAAGCCAGACUCUCCAGCACGUGAUCCGAUGCAAGCUAUUACGGCAGCUGAGCCCCCCGUUGUAAACGACAAAACAGCGGUCAAACUCGAACCUCAACCAGAUAUCGUUCUCGAGCCUGUAUCGGCUGAUCCCGCGACAAUUGUUCCCAACCCAGAGACCGACAGCGUUAUCACAGACGUCCAGCUUCCAAACGAGAACCCGAUGCUGAAUGCCCUUCCCACCACGGUCCUAGCAACUCUGGAAGACACGUUAACUCUCAAGUACGACAUCGAACAACCGAAACCCGACCUCGGUCUCUCCUACGCCGCUUCCACGAGCUCCGACAAUGAUUCCGAAGACUCCAUGUCCAUCUCGAGCUCGUCCUCCGACGCCUCCUCCGACGCCUCCGACAGCGAUGCUCCGCCUACUGAGACAUCCUCGCGGCGCACAGGCCCAACCAAAGUCCCGCCACCCCCGCGCGAUGGCACCCGCAAACCGCAGCAGGGUACGAAGGUGUGCAGGUACUUUGCGAAGCACGGCCGCUGCAAUCUGGGCGCGAGAUGCGGGUUCAGGCAUGAUCAAGGAGACGAGAAGAGCGGAAAAAAGGAGAGAGGCGGCAUGAAGCUCUUUGACAGGUUGGUGGAGCAGGAGCGGAAGGAGGAGGCGGAGCUGGCACUUAGUGCUAUCAAGUAUCUUGGCAGUAACGGCUUUCUGGGAUGA